CUUCUUCUCAGAAACGAAACUGAACGGAUUAUUUUACGGAUCAAGAAGACUACGUUAAAAGAAAGUCUCUCGUCUGUACAGAGGAACACAGAAGCAGGACUGCAUCUCAACAUACUGCAAUCUAUUAAUCUAUUCAAAUGGCGGAGAAAAUCGCUCUUGUUGAAAGUUUCCUGAGCUGCCAUGUGUGUUCAGAGACUUUCAGAGAUCCUGUGUCUCUGAGCUGCAACCACAGCUUCUGUUCAAGCUGCCUGCAGAAAUUCUGGGAACAAACUGAAAACAAGAACUGUCCCAUCUGUAAGAGAUCUUCUAAGGAUGAUCCAUCCAUCAACUUCUCUCUCAAAGAACUUGCUGAUUCAUUUGCUGAGAAGCAGAAUGAAGUUUCAACUGAGAUGGAAAAAGAGGAUAAGAAACAGAAGAAGGUGGUGUGUGAGAAACACUCAGAGGUUCCUUAUUGGUUCUGUGAAGACGAGCAGAGAGCUGUGUGUCCUAUUUGUGAGUUUUCUCUCCACCAGAAUCACAAAGUGGUUCCUAUAGAACAAGCAGUCAGUGAGCUGAAGGAGCAGCUGAAAUCUGACUUAAAGUCUCUGCAGGACAAGAGGAACAAACACAAACAGGUGGAGGAAACAUACAAUGAUGUGAUUCAACACUCCAAGAAGCAGGUGUUGUCCACAGAGAGACAGAUCAGAGCAGAGUUCAACAAGCUCCACCAGUUCCUGAAAGAGGAAGAGGAGUCCAGACUGGCAGCUCUGAGGGAGGAAGAGGAGCAGAAGGGGAAGACUAUCAUCAGAGAGAUGAAGAGGAUUCAGGAGCAGAUCUCCUCUCUGUCAGACAGUAUCUUUGCUGUUGAAGAAGACCUGCAGAAAGACAACAUGUCGUUCCUCAGCAGUUAUAAAGCCACUCAGAGCAGAACCAGAGCCCAGAACUCACUGUCAGAUCCACAGCUGGUCUCAGGAGCUCUGAUAGAUGUGGCCAAACACCUGGGCAACCUGUCCUUCAGAGUCUGGGAGAAGAUGAAGGAGAAGGUCCACUUCAGUCCUAUCAUUCUGGACCCAAACACUGCGAGUGGAUGGCUCCAUCUGUCUGAUGAUCUGACCAGUGUGAGACACAGAGACACGUGGCAGCAGCUUCCUGAUAAUCCAGAGAGAAACAAGUAUAUUGAAGUGUUUGGUUCCAAGGGUUUCAUCUCAGGGAAACACAGCUGGGACGUGAACGUGGGCGACCAUUCUGACUGGUAUUUGGGUUUGGUUAAAGAGUCAGUAGACCGAAAUGGAGAAAGAGAUGUGUCACCACACUUUGGGAUCUGGUGUUUGUGUUAUGAAGAUGGAGAAUACACCGAUGGUGAUAAUAGGUCCAUCUCAGCGAAGAAGAGUCUCCAGAAGAUCCAGGUCCAGCUGGACUACAACAAGGGGGAGGUGUCCUUUUAUAACGCUGAAGACAUGACUCACAUCUACACUUACAGAGACACUUUCACUGAGAAACUCUUCCCAUAUUUCAGUGUUGGAGAAGCUGCUGAAGACAACAUGACAGAGAUCAAAAUAUGUGAAUCUUAAUGUGGGUGAGCUUGAAAUGACUUGUUUUUUAUGUCUGAUUUUUCUUUUUAUGUUAUUUUACAUCGUGCAGUUUUAUUUCAACAGGUAUUAAAAUAAUAUUCUAGUUCACUCUGUAAAUGAGAAAAAAGCUGAAGUCUGGGUAAAAAAAACAAAACAUUAUUUUAAUUGUUUAACUAUUUGAUAGAAUCAAAGAAAUAUUCAUAUUGACGGUAUGGAUCCUAAAAGCUGCUGAAGCAUAAAUGUAGUUAUGCUUUAUUGAUAAAAACUGCUCUCAUUUCUUUUAAUUUGAAGAUAUAUUAACCAAAUGUUUUUCAAGAUGCAUUGAUCAAACUUUGGUUAACAAUACUUUCUGUUUUCUUUAAGGUCCCACCUUACUUAAAGGGCUUUGAAUGGUCAAGAACCACCAUACCUCUCAGAACUGUUGUAUGUCCUUUAGGUCAUGUGACCAAGGCCUGGUGGUUGUGCAUCAUACGAGGUUAAAAUCUAGAGGUGACAGGGCCUUCUCCUCCCCAGACUCUAUUAAGGUCUUUAAAAAGCAACUACAAACACCCUUUUACAAAUGCUUUUGAUUAGCUAUUGUCUUUAGUUUUCUCCUGUACAGCACUUUGUUAUAUAUAUAUAUAUAUAUAUAUAUAUAUAUAUAUAUAUAUAUAUAUAGUCCUCUGGUCAGUUUAAGUCCAAACUGAAAAUGUAUCUCUUCUCCUUGACCUUUAACAUUAGCUGAAAUAAGAUAAGAAAGAUGUAUUUUAUUGAUCCCAGAUUUCAGAAAUUUUAUUGAAAUGGAGUAUACCUUGGUCUGUUACUUUUAUUGUUACCUUUAUCGCAAAUGUUAUUAAUUUCAUUGUAUUCCCCAUUUCCUUUUAUACCUAUUUCUAUUUGUGAUGCAGUAACUAUUGUGCAGCUGAGGUUGUUUAAAAUGUGCUAUAUACAUUUUUUAUAUAUAUAUAAAUAAGGUUUUAAUUACUUACUUUUACUUACCUGCUGAGUCCAGUCUUGGCCAAUUCUGAUUUUCUUCCUGAGAACCGUAACACAGAACAUCUUGUUUGGCUUCAGCUAAUAAAUUUGGAGAUUACAGUGUUUUUAAGUUGUUACAGAUUUUUUUUUUUUUUUUUUUUGUCUUUGCUUGUUUUAUCCCACUUAAAUGUGGAAGAUCAUCAAAAGAUUUUUUGAUAAGACAAAGAAAACCUGAGUAAAUACAGGUAGUCCUUCAAUGAUGAUUUCACUGAGACAAAAAGCUACCUAAAUUAACCUGGCCCUAUGUUAAAAGCAAUCAGUUCAGAACUUCAGACCUUUGUGCUCUUGGGUUUUGCAGCAGGGCAGUAAUCCAAAGUUCAACAGAAAGUCCACCUAUAAAUGGCUAAAAGAAAAAAGGUUUUAUAGUGCCUCAAAGUCUGGUCUGAAAUCUGAUUGUGAUAUUGUGGCAUGACCUUAAACAUUGUUCAUGCUUGAAAACCCUUGAAUCAGUCUGAAUUAAAAAAAGAUUCAGAAAAAAAGAAUGGGCCAGAAUUCCUCCACACUGACGUAAAAGACAUCACUGUUUGACACAGGGCAAGACAGGUUUGAGUAUGUUUUUUCUUUAAUAAAUUAAAUCAAAUUAUUCCAAUCCAAGUUAUCUUUGUCUGGUAUUAUUAAUUUGUUUGCUGGUCUAAAAAAAUAUAAGUGCGACAAAGAACAAAAACCUUGGAAAUCUCUAAUAAGGCAAAUACUUUUUCAUAGCAUUGUACCAGUCCAUUUAUGCAUCAGCAAAUGUUUAAAGCGCACCAGAGAACCGGCUGUUCGAUAGCGUGUGACAGAUUUAACCUGCUGAUCAUCAAUCAAGAGAAAAAGCGGCCAGUUUGAAUCACUGGCCAGCUGAUUGGUGCAGCCUAAGGAUUUCUGUGUGACUUUAGGUUUUGAUCAUGUUUUACAGUACAGAAUGAACUAAUAGUUCAGCUGGUAUUUAGUUAUAUUGUUAUACUGACUAACAUACUGUGUACAUUUAGUUGUCUUCGUUAAACUUUUGAAAACAGUUUAUAUCUUUAUAUAUACAGUAUAUUCAUCUUUUUAGUUAUUCACACACCAUAAAUAAUAUUCAAAAUAUCAAAUCUAGUUUUUAGAAACAUUUACAGUAUUUCUUGCUUUGAUAUAUUGUCUGUGCAUCUGUAUCUGUUUAUUGCCUUCUCCUCGGUAUGGAUGUUAAAAGCUUAGAUGCUUAUGUGAGUGAUUGUAGAAAAAGAUUUAAUAAACAUCAAUUCGAUUUGGAA